AUGGUAUUAAGUGACAUUGGGUUUUAACAGUCUAGUGCUAAUAUGAAUAUUCCAUUUAUUACUGAAGUCAAACUUGAAAUGAGUCAAGAAGUAGUUGUAUUAAUGUAUAAAUUAAAGGGAAAAAAAGAGUGGAUAUUAAGUAUCUGUAGGGACAUUUAUUUAUGCUUUUUUAAUAGCGGUAGAUAUGAUUAAAGGUUCACAGAUUUUUCGAUUGCAAUAUUUUAGAAUUAGAUUGCUUUAACUUAUUGUGAAAAACUAAACUAGUCCCUAGUUUAUAAAGUAUUGAAUAGUUAUGGAGAAACUAUAAUUUAGUAACAAAUUUAAAUUGAUUCAUAAAUUAGUAGACCAUUGCUAGUUACCUUCUCUAAUUAGUAAAUGGGAUUUGCCUGGGAAUAUAGAAAUAAUGACUCACAAUGGGGAUUAUAAUUAUCAAUUCUUAGCAAUACUGGUGAUUUAGAUAAGAUAUUAAUUAAUGUUUGUUCACCUAAUUGUGCUUAAUGCAUAAGCAAUACUGAAUGUAAAAAAUGCAUGGAUGGAUACGAAAUUUGGUAUGAUAAUUUGAAAAGUGGAUGGUUUUGCAAAAUAUAGAAUAAAUCUUCUUGCCUUUACCUUUAAGGUGAUACAUGUAUGAUAUGUCCUUCAUAGCUUUAUCCUUAUGAAGCAGAUUGCAUAGUUGAUGAUUUCUAAUUAAAGUCAUUAGUUGUUAAUUAAUUUACCUAUUUCACUCAAACUAAACCUUCUAUAGCUGGAUUUAGUGACGGUUCCGUAAUGGCAAUUUGGAAUACUAAUUAUUAAGAUGGAUUUUAUUGUGGUGUUUAUGGUUAGGUGUUCGAUAGUUAGAGAGAAAAGAUAGGAACUAACUUUUAAGUGAAUUAAAUUACUCAAGGAAACCAACAUUCGGCUUAGAUUUCAAUAUUAAAUGAUGAUACUGCUAUUAUUUUAUAUGUUGAUGGUAAUCCAGAAGAUGGAGCAAUACUAAAGGUUGCCAGAUUCACCAAAAAUUAAUAAAGACUUGGCGAUGAUAUUGAUAUAGAUGUUAUUAGAUAUUACAGGUUUGAUAUUACUAAUGAUAACGUUGCAAAAAUAAUUAAAUUAAAGAAUGGAGGAUAUGUAAUUGGAUACUUAACAUUAAGUGGAGAACCAUUAUAAAAAGUAUUAAAACUAAAGUUUUAUAAUUCUGACAAUUAAUAAAUUGGCAAUUAAAUUACAACUGUUGAAUAAUUUAUUUCAAUUGAUGGUAUUUUCUUGAUUUCAUCUACUGAUUAGAAUGUUGCAAUUAUACAUGCAUUCUAAGUAUAUAUUUAUUCAUUUGAUGGAUCAUUACUUAUUUAAAAAGAUUUUAUACUUUAAUUCUUUUUAAAUUAAGCUUGUUUAAGUAGUAUCUCUUAAUAUUUUGUCUUUGUAUUUUAUAGAUAUGAAAAUACUAAUAUAUCGGUAUAUGCUCAAUUUUAUGAUCAAAACUUUGUGCCUUCAGGAAAUCAAAUAUUGAUAAAAUCAAUCCCCUAAUUGGUAAAUGGUAAGUACAUGUAAAUUUCCUAUAUUCAAGUUGAUUAAUAUAAAGGAGGGCUUUCUGUGAUUAUUGAAUUUGUUAAAAAUGGCUAAUCUACAUAAGAACAGUAUUAUCUAAAUUCCGAUAUGGAAAUUCAAUUUAUGAAUUAAUAUAAGAUCAAAAAUAAUUGGAAUGCCUUAACAAUUAUGAAAAUAGCUGAAUCAAUAGAUCAAUCAUUUUUUGUUAUCUGGGCUUAGCUGAACAUAUUUGAUUUUUAUGAUAACUCUAACAUUAGGAUAUAAAAAAUGACUGCCACAGGAGAACAUUCCACUCAAACAAUAAUCCAAUGUAAUUAAGGUUGCACCAAAUGUGUCAGUCAAUAUGAAUGUAUAUAAUGCAUGGGUGACUAUUUACUAACAGAAUCGUAUUGUAAUCCAGUUUGCUCAUAGAACUGUAAGAGUUGUAUCAUACCUUCAGUUUGUAUUCAAUGUAAGGAUGGAUACUAUGAAGAAAUCUAAGGAUUAUGCUCUCCUCUAAAACUAGGCUAUCAUUAACCUUAACCUUUAACUGCUUAAGAAUUUUAGGGUGAAACCACAGCUUUAGUGAGUUCAAGUGACGGAACUUCAUGCUUUUUCACUUAAUAUCGUUCAGAAAAUAGCGAAAUUUAUGAAUGGAAUGCUUAUUUCAUCUUUGAGUCAUAAAUAACUAAGAAAUUAACAAUAUAGAAAAAACUCAAUUAUUUUUCUAAUUUAGAAAUUUAAAAAAUUGAAUAAGAUUAUGUAGGAGUUAGUUAUUAAUAAGACUAAAUUGAGGUUUUCAGAAUUGGUUAAAAUUAAUAAGUGACCAUACAUAAAGUUAUAUAACUCAAAUAGAUUGAUUUAGAUUCAUCUACAAAUAAAAAUUUGGCCCUCUUAGUGGCAUAGAUAAAUAAUUAAUAUUCUCUAAUUUGCAUUUCAAAUGCAUGGGAUAAAGGUCAAUAAGGAAAGAUUUACAAGAUAACUUUGGAUUCUGAAUUACUUCCUAUUGGAUAAUCAUAAGUAAUUCUCCAAUAAGAGAAUUUAAGCUCAAACGAAAGAAUUGAUUCUACUACUUUUAGUUUUUAUUCAACGAAUGGAAUAAUCCUAUGGACAGGAGAGUAAUUGAUAUAGAGGAAUUGCCCAUAUUCUUAAAUUUUGAAUAGCUAUUCCUGCAAUAUACACGAGUUGUAAAAUGGUAAUCUAAUCUAAAUAUUUACAUAAAUGUUUUUUGACAUGAAUUUUUUUGCUAAAGGAGGAUAAUUGAGUUAUUACAGACUAUUAAAUAAGGAAUUCACACCUAUAACUUAAGAAAAGAAAAUAACUGAAAAUAAAUUGCAACAAGAAGAAUUUGUAAAAUUUGUGUCCUUUUAAAAUACAUUUGUCAUAGUAUUAAAGGAAUAUCCAAGUUAUAGUUAGUUUAAGUUUUAAUUGGUACUUUAAUACUUUGAAAAUUCUGGUACAAAAUUAGGUUCACAAAUUUAUGUUGGCUUAUUUUAAUCUGAUAUAUUUACAAAGUUUGUUUAAUUUGAAAACAGUUUUAAGAUAUUUUGGUAAGAAAAAAAGUGUUUGGAUGUAAUAUGCUAAAAAAAUUAAAAUAUGUUAUUAUUUAAGGAGUAUGAUGAAUUAGGUAAUGAAAUUACUAAUGGUUAAAAUAUCAAGUGCAUGUAAUAUUGUGAUGAAUGCAUAAAUGAAAGUUAUUGUACAAAAUGUGGUACUAAUUACAAUUUAGAUACUAAUUCAUAAUGUGUCUUAUAAUGCCCCUCAAAUUGCAAUAAGUGUUCAGUUGUUGCUAAAUGUGAGAUUUGUUACACUGGUUAUGAAUUAAUUAAUGAUCAAUGCAUCAAAUUUAAGUGUCCAAAUAAUUGUGAUAAAUGUUAUAAGGAAUCAAAUAAUUUUGUAUGUUAUUAAUGCCAAGACAAUUACUAUUUGAAUCAACUCGAAUGUUUACCUUAAUGUCCAUCCAGUUGCAGAACUUGUGACUUACCAUUCAACUGUACAAGUUGUCCUGAAGGUUUUGUCUUGACAGCAGAUGCUAAAUGUAAAUUUGAAGAUUAAACUGUUGUUGAUUAAGUCAAAAAUACAAGUGUGAGUACACCAAUAAGAUAUACAUUCCCAGAUGGAUCCUAUGUUCUCGUGUGGUACUAAAAUGGUGAGAAAGCAGGAGUAUAUUUCUAAUUAUACUCUGCCGAUAAUUCUAAGUUAGGAGCUGAAAUCAUAGUAUCAGAUUAGACAAGAAGACUACUAGUUGAUUCUUCAAUAAAGAAAUAAUAUUAUGCUCAUUUAGCAGCUGUUGACUAUAACUUUUAUGUUGUUUGGGCUGAUUCUACUUCAGAUUAGACUAAUUUCCUAUUACAAGAAUUCGAUUCUACUGGUACUAAAUUAACAUCUGCUUAGUCAAUUGGAGUAUCUAAUAACAAUGUUGUAUCAUCACUGACUCAACCUUGUUAAUUAUUAACUCUAUCAAAUAAAAACAUGGUUGUAUCAUUCAUGACUCAAAGCCCUGAAGACCAAUCAAAUUACAACUUUAAAUACUAAUUAAUUGAUCCUAAUCUCUAAGGUAUCAAUUCAGUUUAAGAGAUUCCUAAUGUGAGCUAUUAAACAAUUCCAUCAAUUACAGAGGGAGACUAAGGAAUGAUAUAUAUUAGUUACACAAGCAAUGGAUAUGUGUUUGUCUAAUAAAUCACCUAAUUUGGAAAUCCAGUGAAUUAACCUUAAGCCAUUAUUGAUGAUGGAAUAUUUACACUUAAAACAGCCUAUCUUCAAAGUGGAAUGUUUGUAUUCUUAUGGGAAAACAAGAAUAUAUAAACUUACAAAGUCAUGUUCGACCUUAACUAUCAAUUAGUUUCUAAAGAUUUAUCUUAAAAAAGUGAGGUUAAGGUAAUAGGAAGUUCUUAGAUUAAAGAAUAAACACCAGAUUUAAAAUUAUUCAAAGAUGGAUUCAUAGUAGCCUGGUAAACUACAGAUUCAUAGUAUUAACCAAAUGGAAUUCAAUUCUAAAUAUUUGAUUCUUUGGGUGUCUAAUUAACUUAAAUUAUAAAAGUAGCGAUUUCAGGAAAAUAUCCAUAAAAUCCUAACAUUCAAAUAAUGAAUGAUGAUAGAUUUGCGAUUACAUACAUAUCAAAAAGUUUAGAUGUUGAUGGAUCCAUUUUGGGAGAUAGUAUUCAAAUCUAAUACUACAAUAAAUAAGGACAAGAGUAAUUUAUCACUACUCCUCAAUUAUGUGGAAAGGAAUGUAACAUUUGCUAAUCCCCAUUAAAUUGUUAUAGAUGCUCAUAUGGUUAUUAUCUAUCUUUGGAUAAUUAAUGCAUAAUGGAUUGUGGUCUCUAUUGUAAUUAAUGUGAAGUUCCUCUGGUCUGUUAAUCUUGUGUAAAUGGUUACGAAUUAAAUUAAAGUAAUUCCUGUACUGAAGUGUCAUGUCCUCUAGGAUAUUAAAGAAAUUAAAAGACUAAAUUAUGUGAUCCUGAAUGUCCAAGUGAAUGUGUUUGCACACUUCCAAAUAUAUGUAGUUCUUGCAUUGCUGGUUAUUAUUUGAAGGAUAGUUAAUGUAAUUUGACAUCUAAUCUUUACCCUGAAAGUCCCAUUUCUAAUCCCUAUGUAUUCUAUGCAUUGAUAGUUGUUUGUGUAAUGUUACUUAUAUCCUGGAUAUUCUGUUAUAAAUGUUAUAUUCACCAUAGAAAAAAUGACAAAGUGCAUCUAGUCAGAGUACCUAGUUCAAUUGAAGAAAUCAACGAACAAUAACCAGUUGUAGAACAUUAGAAGGCAUUCUAAGAUAUCUUAUUAAAAAUCAGUCCUUAAGUGUAAGAAGAUGAAAUUAAGCAAGAUUUCUUGAAAAAGGAAGAUUUUAUGAAAAAGGAGGACUACAUUUAAAAGGAAGACUCCUUUAAAAAUGAAGACUCCUUGAAAAAGGAGGACUACAUUUAAAAAGAAGACUCCGUUAAAAAGGAGGACUUCAUGAAAAAGGAGGACUUUAUGAAAAGAGAAGAUUAAAAUAGAAAGAAGGACUCCUUGAAAAAGGGAGAGUUCAUGUUUAAGGAAGAGAAACCUUUUGAGAAUAAAUUAUAGAUCAUUUUGAUUGACAACGAUGAUGAUAGCCAAUCAGAAGUUUAUUAAUUUUAACAAAAAGAUAAAUAAGCUUCCCAAAAUUAAUUCUUAUAGAUCUAUAGUUUGGAUGAAAAUUGA